AUGCGACACCUUGUCCUCCUAGCCUUGUUUGGAUGCUCCAGCGCUUUCCUCCUCGGAGGCGGUGGUGGUGGCUGUGGAUGCGCUCCUCCUCCACCUCCACCACCAUGUGGUUGCGGCGGUGGACUUCCACCCCUACCACCUCUUCAACUUCCACAGAUAUCUCUACCUCAACCUUGCGGUGGCGGCUGUGCACCUCCGCCAGCACCUUGCGGAGGUGGAUGCGGAGCUGCUCCUCCUCCCCCAGCAUACGCUGCUCCUCCUCCAGCAUACGCUGCUCCUCCUCCACCACCACCACCAGCAAACUCCUAUGCUCUCGGUGGCAAGUAA